GGGUUUUCUUGGAGCCCAAGAGUUCGGAAGUUGAAGAUCAAGCGAGAAAUUAGAGAAAGAGAAGGAGUUUGAGAAGCUGAGAUUGGAGAAGGGAAGGAGAUAAGAGGGAUGCCGAUCGGUGAUGUGUGCAACGGCGCUGCUGCGGUGCCAGAGAGGUGAGAAAGAUCGAUCCUUUUUUUUUUUUCGUGUUUUUAGAUCAUUGAUUGGUAGCUGGAUGCUGUUCUAUUUGUGAUAUUUUGCUUAUUAGGUUGUUGGAAUUUGAUGUGGUUGAGGAUUAGGGUUAGGGUUUAUCAGAGGUUUAGGAAGGGGAGAUGGUGCUUGGAUUGAAUGUAAAAUGAUGUAAUUUGGAUCUCUAUUUUUAGGGUUUUUUUUUUCUUCUUUUUCUUAUUUGUUGGUGUGGUUGACAACGGAGCUUUGAAUUAGUGUUGUUAGGGUUUUGAUGCGUGAAUAGAAUCUAAAAAGGUGUGACUUUUGACUUGGGUUUAUAGUUGAAUUUUUUGGUUGAAUUAGUUGGUUUCUUCUUUCGAUUUGUUUUUCAAUCGAAUUCUGAGUUAGAGUUGUUGGUUGUGUCAGGCUUUGAAAGGAGCUUAGACUUGCAUAGAACCAAGAUGAAUUUAGAGUCUUGAGGUUCUGAAAUUUGUUUUUCCUUUCCUUUUAGAGUUGUGCCUUUUUUCAAAGUUUUGUAUUAUGGAAAUAAGUUUUGAUUGAUGUUUGUGUUCUUUUGUGCUUUUUGUGGAGCUACCUGUUUGGAGAAUGAAGGCACAGAGUUGCAUCUUUUAUUUAAUUUCACUGGUUGGCGAAUUCUAUGGACAUUAGAACAAAACAAAUUCUUUUCAGAGCACAACCAACAGCAUGUACGUACCAUCAAUGCAUAAAUAGAUUCAGAACCAGCGCAAUCAAAUUAACUUUAAGAAGAGAACACGCAAAAGACGAACUGGGCCAGACUCGGUUGCAGAAACAAUUGAGAAAUGGAGAAAGAUAAACGAUGAAAAAGCUUAUACUUCCGGUGGUGAUAACCACGUAUGGAGAGUUCCGGCCAAGGGGUCAAGGAAGGGGGCAAUGCGAGGAAAAGGUGGGCCGGAGAACCCCAACUGUAGGUACAGGGGUGUGAGGCAGCGAACAUGGGGUAAAUGGGUGGCAGAAAUACGGGAACCAAAUCGAACAGGGAGGCUAUGGUUGGGGACCUUCCCAACAGAUGUGGAGGCUGCUCGAGCUUAUGACAUUGCGGCUAAGGCCAUGUAUGGCCCUUGCGCCCGUCUCAACUUCCCCGAUGAAACCCCAGCCUCGGAAUCCUCCUCUUGUCAGACUAGUGAGUCCUGCAAUGAGGAGAAAGAUGAGAUAAAAAGCAGGGUUGCUGAGGGUGAACCAACAAAGAAUGAGGAAAAUAAAGGAGGGAAACCAGAAGAAGUUGAUCUUUUUAAGGAUAUAGAUGGUUUGCCGGACUGCUUGUUUGACAUUGAGGAGAUGUUGAAGAUGAUAGAUGUGGAUCCAAAUGUGGAAUUGGGUGGUAGCCAGGAUAAAGUGGGUGUGGUUAAUGAGUCUUGUGCUUUUGAAGCUGAGUUUGAUCCUUUUGUUGGAGUUUCAUCUCAUCAGCAGCAGGAGGAAUGGCCUGAUGGAGAGAUUAUGGGAAUAUUGGGUUCCCAUGAACAAGAGCUUGAACUCCUGGAUUAUAACUUUGAUUUUGGUUUGGGAUUUGGGUUAGAUGAUGCUAGUCUCUUUCAGCCAGGGUUUGAUUACUGAGUGUAGUAAAUGGCUGGUUAUGGACUGGUUAUGUAUUUGGAGUUAACUUGUAUAUAAUGAUUGCAAAUGUUCAUCAUAAAUUCUUUUGUAGAUAUUUUAGUGAGAACUUGUUUUGAAAAGGGAAAUAAAAAUUUUCUUCUUAAGAA